CCCAGAGGGUUGGUGCUGCGGAGCUUGGGGUCCUGGCUGGGAAGUGACCAGAUUGGUCGAGAAGCGGGGGCACCUAGGCUGGCAUCUGUCCAGCCAGGGAGAGGGUGAGUGUGAGAGGGCCCUGGGGGUGCGUAGGGCCCCACUGGGGGCACCAGGAGCUGAGCGGAUGCCCGCAGCGGGAGGCCCCUUUCUGCUUCCUGGUGGGACUAUGCUUGCACAGGGCCCCCAGAGGAGGCUGCUGGGCAUCCUCAACUCCACCCCCCCAGCCACCCCCCACCUCGGGCUGGCCCCCAACCAGACGGAUGCCUGGUGCCUGGAGGUGUCCAUUCCCGAUGGGCUCUUCCUCAGCCUGGGGCUGGUGAGCCUGGUGGAGAAUGUGCUGGUGGUGGCCGCCAUCGCCAAGAAUCGCAACCUGCACUCGCCCAUGUACUUCUUCAUCUGCUGCCUGGCCGUGUCGGACCUGCUGGUGAGCGUGAGCAACGUGCUGGGCACAGCCGUGGUGCUGCUGCUGGAGGCGGGCGCACUGGCGGCCCAGGCCCCCGCGGUGCAGCAGCUGGACGAUGUCCUGGACGUGCUCAUCUGUGGCUCCAUGGUGUCCAGCCUCUGCUUCCUGGCCGCCAUCGCUGUGGACCGGUACAUCUCCAUCUUCUACGCGCUGCGCUACCACAGCAUCGUGACACUGCCCCGGGUGUGGCGGGCCAUUGCGGGCAUCUGGGUGGCCAGCGUCGUCUCCAGCACCCUCUUCAUCGCCUACUACGACCACACGGCUGUCCUGCUCUGUCUGGUCAGCUUCUUUGUGGCCCUGCUGGCGCUCAUGGCGGUGCUAUACGUCCGCAUGCUGGUGCAGGCAUGCCAGCACACCCGCGGCAUCGCCCGGCUGCACAAGAGGCAGCGCCCCACCCCCCAGGGCUUCGGCCUCAAAGGGGCUGCCACUCUCACCACCCUGCUGGGCAUCUUCUUCCUCUGCUGGGGCCCCUUCUUCCUGCACCUCUUGCUCAUCGUCCUCUGUCCUCAACACCCCACCUGCCACUGCGUCUUCAGGAACUUCCACCUCUUCCUGGCCCUCGUCAUCUGCAACACCAUCGUGGACCCGCUCAUCUAUGCCUUCCGCAGCCCAGAGCUCCGGAAGACACUCCAAGAGGUGCUGCAGUGCUCCUGGUGAGGGAGUGCCCGAGGGCCCAAGGCCAGGUGCUGGCAGGGGGAGUGGAGCUAGCACAUGGCCAACUCCUGUGUGACCGGGGCAGUCACUUGCCAGAAAAGUCAGGCUAGAUGAUCUCCGAAGGUGUGGGCACAUGGACCCUCUGGGCCAGAGAGGAAUCAGCAGAAAUCUCCAGGAGUUGUUGGGGGUUGCAGGAGGCUGGGGAGAUGGGGCCACAGGCACAGGGCAGGCCUGGGCUCCUGGACAGACACGGCCCACGCCACGCCGGGAGACAUCCACCUGCACCCAGAGAUAGGCGAGGGCCCACCUGUGCCCCGCCCAUCGGAGGUGAAGUCCGUGGCUGGCAGAGCGCCGCUCUCUCGACGAGGACCUCAGGAGAAGGGACUGUGAUGAGCAGGACCCGGCCUCACAGGGAAAGGAGUGAGGUCCUGUCCUGGGCAGGGGGAUGUGUCCGCAGGAGCCGUAGUGGGCACGGGGCUGAUCUGUUCUGGGGCUCAUGGUGCUGGAGAGCUGGGUGCUUGGCCCAUUUGUUUGCACCACACAUGCCCCUCAGUACCCGCCACUGCCUGCUCAGGCUGAGGCCACAGCCAUUAGUUCGAAUCAGUGACCAGGACCCAGGGCCGGGAAGCG